CGCCUCUCCUUCCCCUGCCUGGCUCACCAUCCUCACAGUUGGCACACAGCUCGCCUUGUUGCCCAGAUCUCGGUGACACAGUUCUUCAGGUACGUAGCACACAGACGAAGGUGAACUGGGAGAGUUGUUCUUACUCAGCAGAAGCCAUGGAGACGCCAGAGUCCUCCUGGUCUCCGGAUCACAGCGGGUUCCACAGAGGCUCAGAAGAUGGAGACGAUGGAGAGAAUGUCCACGAGCAAGAUGAGGAGCCCCGGCGCUCUGCCCGAGGACUGCGUGAAAGAGACAAAUCCUCUUCCUCUUCUUCCUCCUCGUCCUCGUCUUCCUCCUCCUCCUCAGAUGGCGCUGGAGAUUUGGUGCCCAUAGAAGAACUAGGACUUCGGAGGAGAAGCUCGACCUCAGCAAGUGGAGAGAUGGAGGCCUCACAGUUGCAGAGACUGAACAUAAAGAAGGAUGAUGAGUUUUUCCACUUUGUCCUCCUCUGCUUCGCCAUCGGGGCCUUGCUGCUGUGCUACCACUACUCUGCAGACUGGUUCAUGUCCCUUGGGGUUGGCCUGCUCACCUUCGCCUCCCUGGAGACCGUUGGCAUCUACUUCGGGCUGUUGUACCGGAUCCACAGCGUCCUGCAGGGAUUCAUUCCGCUCUUCCAGAAGCUGAGGCUGAUGGGGUUCAGGAAGAUGGACUGAAGCCACAGCCCAGCGGACAGCUAAGCCAGGCUCCUGUUGGGCCUCCCAUCUCCUGGACCUGUGAGGAUGGAGCCACUGACGUCCUGGGAGAGGCCAAGCCAGAGUAAUAAAGAGAGCGCUUCUACGUCCGUUUGGUCUGAACAAUGGCACACCCUGGGCAGGAGGCACCGGUUGCUGCAGCUGCCUGUGUGGAAGGUAGAGGGAGGGAGGGGGCACUGGGCGUCCUGCCAGCACCUAGGCCUACAGGGAGAGUCCAGGAGGCUGCUGCUCCCACCCAGGGGACAGCAGGACAGCCUGGGGCCCUACUACAUACAAUUAAGGCAUGGGGUUUCUCUCCAAAGCCCAGCCUUCCAAGCAGUCUGAGGUCUUACAGAGCCAUUGUGGAGCAAGCAGGCCCCAGACCUGUGGCAGAGAAGCAGCAGGUCCUCUGGGUGCCCCGAUGCAGGUGGUGGGAUGUUGGGGGCUAAAAGCAACUCCCCACAACACCAAGCCCGGUUUUAUCCCCGAUGUCUGCCCUGUAGCCCUGGACUCCAAUGAGAUUAAAAUAAACAUUCUCUCCCCUG